AUGAGUGGAGGAAAUAUGGUAAAUGUUGAUGCCAUCCGCAAGGCUCAAAGGGCCGAAGGUCCUGCCACUGUGAUGGCCAUCGGCACUGCCACUCCUCCCAACUAUGUCGACCAGAGCACUUACGCUGACUACUAUUUCCGCAUCACCAACAGCGAGCACAUGACCCAACUCAAGGAGAAGUUCCAGCGCAUGUGUGAGAAGACCACGAUCAAGAAGCGUCACCAGUAUUUGACUGAGGAGAUCCUCAAGGAGAACCCAAACAUGUGUGCUUAUGUGGAUCCUUCCUUGAAUGCAAGGCAAGACAUUGCGAUUGUUGAGGUACCAAAGCUAGGGAAAGAAGCAACGACUAAGGCCAUCAAGGAAUGGGGACAGCCCAAGUCUAAGAUCACCCACCUCAUCUUCUACACCAGUAGUGGCAUGGACAUGCCCGGAGCAGACUACCAGCUCACCAAGUUGCUUGGCCUCCAACCCUCUGUGAAACGAAUCAUGAUGUACCAAUUGGGAUGCUAUGCAGGUGGCACGACUCUUCGCCUUGCCAAGGACCUUGCAGAGAACAACAAAGGUGCUCGUGUUCUUGUAGUUUGUUGUGAGAUCACUGCUUUGAUCUUCCGUGGCCCAAGUGACACUCACUUUGAUAGUCUAUUGGGUCAAGUUCUUUUUGGGGAUGGAGCAACUGCACUUAUAGUUGGAGCUGACCCAUUGCCUGGUGUAGAGAAGCCCUUGUUCGAGCUGGUCUCGGCAGCCCAAACCAUUCUUCCUGACACUGAAGGUGCCGCUGACGUACAUUUGAGAGAGGCUGGGGCUACGUUCCACCUCCGCAAGGACGUUCCUAUCAUCGUCUCUAACAACAUUGAGAAGAGCCUGGUAGAGGCAUUUGAGCCUCUUGGCAUCUCUUACUGGAACUCAAUUUUCUGGAUUGCCCACCCAAGUGGACCGGCAAUUUUGGACCAGGUCGAGGAAAAGUUAACCCUUAAACCUGGGAAGCUACGUGCCACAAGGGACAUACUCGGCGAGUAUGGUAACUUGGCCAGUGUUUGUGUGUUGUUCAUUUUGGAUGAGAUAAGGAAGAAGUCCGCCGAAGAGGGCUGA